CGGCGGCGGCGGCGCUUCUAUACACAGAGACUACUUUUGGCUGAAAUCGUGAAACACACGCGAAACCUCACAUCGUUCCACGGUGUAUGAAGUGCGUAGUGUGACUCCGAGCAGCACCAAAAAACAUUAAAAGAGAUAUACGAGUAGUUUUUUUAUUAUUUUAUUAAUUUGUCAACUCUCAACGAUCAACAACAAUGUCGACGGUGGCGAGUUCGUUGGCCGUUGCCGGCCAGAGGCAGACCGGAGCACCGGUGCGAACCCAGAACGUUAUGGCAGCAUCAGCUAUUGCCAACAUUGUCAAAAGCUCCUUGGGUCCAGUAGGUCUGGACAAAAUGCUGGUUGAUGAUAUUGGUGAUGUUACAAUCACAAAUGAUGGAGCAACCAUCCUCAGACUUUUGGAAGUUGAACAUCCAGCUGCCAAAGUUCUUGUUGAAUUGGCACAGUUGCAAGAUGAGGAAGUUGGUGAUGGUACUACUUCAGUCGUUAUAAUUGCUGCAGAGCUUCUGAAAAAUGCUGAUGAACUUGUCAAGCAAAAAAUCCAUCCUACUUCAGUUAUCAGUGGUUUCAGAUUAGCAUGCAAAGAGGCAUGUAAAUAUAUUCAAGAACAUUUAACCGUUGGUGUAGAUGAGCUUGGAAAAGAGAGCUUAGUCAAUGUUGUCAAAACCUCAAUUUCCAGUAAAAUCAUUCACUCCGAUAAUGAUUUCUUCGGUAACAUGGUUGUAGAAGCAGCACAAGCUGUAAAAGUCAACGAUGGCAAAGGAGGAUUCCUUUAUCCCAUCAACGCUGUAAAUAUUUUGAAAGCUCAUGGCAAAUCAGUUCGGGAGUCAGUAAUUAUUCAAGGAUAUGCACUUAACUGCACCGUAGCUUCACAAAUGAUGGUCAAGAGAAUUGUGGGUGCCAAAAUUGCCUGUCUUGAUUUUGGACUUCAAAAGACCAAAAUGAAGCUUGGUGUUGAAGUUUUGGUAGACAAUCCUGACAAACUUGAUGGUAUCAGGCAACGUGAAUGUGAUAUCACAAAAGAAAGAGUACAAAAGAUUCUUACAGCUGGUGCUAAUGUUAUUCUCUGCACUGGUGGUAUCGAUGAUCUGUGUCUGAAGUAUUUCAUUGAUGCUGGAGCAAUGGCUGUCCGCAGAUGUAAAAAAUCAGACUUGAAACGCAUUGCCAAGGCAACUGGUGCUCAGUUCUUAACUUCCCUCACCAAUAUGGAAGGUGAGGAGAGUUUCGAACCCAGCUUCCUCGGAGAAGCCGCCGAGGUUGUUACGGAACCUUUCUGUGACGAUGAACUCAUUGUCAUCAAGGGACCGAAAGCCAGGACAGCUAGCUCCAUCAUCUUACGUGGACCCAACGAUUAUUACUGCGACGAAAUGGAACGAUCCAUCCACGAUGCCCUUUGCGCAGUAAAACGUGUCCUCGAGAGCAAGAACGUCGUAGCCGGCGGUGGUUGCGUCGAAGCUGCUCUGUCCAUCUACCUCGAAAACUUUGCUACUUCAUUGAGCUCUCGGGAACAGUUGGCCAUUGCCGAAUUCGCUCGCUCACUUCUGAUCAUCCCUAAAACUUUGGCUGUCAAUGCGGCGCAGGACGCCACAGACCUCGUGGCCAAGCUUAGAGCCUAUCAUAAUUCCAGCCAAACAGUGGUUGACCAUGCUCAUUUGAAAUGGGUUGGUUUGGAUCUGUAUGAAGGAUCUAUCAGGGACAACAAGAAAGCUGGUGUUUUGGAACCAGCUAUUUCCAAAAUUAAAUCUCUUAAAUUUGCCACUGAAGCCGCUAUUACAAUUCUCAGAAUUGAUGACAUGAUCAAGCUCGACCCAGAAAAGAAAGAAGGCAGAGGAUACCAACAAGCUAUGGAAUGUGGUCAACUCGAGGGAUGAAUUGUUUGAUAUUGUAUUUUAGAUCAACUCACACUCACUAUUACAGACUAUUUUUUACUGAACGACUUGAAAAAUAGUCCAAAACAUUUUGACUUACGCGCAGGACAUUACAAGAGUUUAACUUAUUGUUGAUUGUAUGGUGAAUUUCCGUGGUUGUAAAACACCAUAUUAAAUUUUUCAUACUCUCGAAAUUAUUUUCAUUUUAAUCAAAAUACUGCCACCUACCAAUGCUUCACACGAUUUAUUUAUAGUAAUGAUAAAUACGUUUUGAAUAAAGAAUGCUUGAGUAUUAA